GUAAAAGUGUGAACCAAAGAAAACACUUCCCUUGUGCUUCUAUUUAUCUGCUUUAUUUUAGCAAAUCAUUUUGAUUUGAGUCCAGCUUCCCAUGGUUUUUCAUCUUUUUAAUACAAAAUGAAAGUGAAAGUAAUAUGCCGCAAUCCGGAUAAUUAUAUGCGGGAAACUAAAAAAGAUAUUCAUAAAGUCUUUCGGAACUACGAUGCAGCACUUCACCCGUUCGAAGGAGCACGUGAAUAUGUACGGGCUUUAAAUUCGACUAAACUGGAACGGGUAUUUGCGAAACCAUUCGUCGGAAAUUUAGACGGUCACAAAGAUGGUAUAUCAGCACUGGCAAAACACCCGAAAAGCUUAUGUUAUUUACUAAGUGGCUCAUACGAUGGAGAGGUGAAGUUAUGGGACGUUCCAAAUCGUGAAUGUCUUCAGAGUAUAUUGUGCCACAGUGGCUACGUACGAGGUAUCACCUUCUCUAAUGACGGCUCUAGAUUUUUAACAGUCGGUGAUGAUAAAACCAUUAAAGCCUGGGAUUCGUCAAUGGUAGACAGCGAUGAAAAGGAACAUGAACCUUUGAACACGAUUUUAAGCAAAACUGUCAUCACUUCGAUUUCUCAUAACCACGAAGAAUCCUUUUUCGCGACAUGUGGAGAAAGUUGUCACAUCUGGGACCAGACUCGCAAUUCCCCUAUCAAAACUCUUCAAUGGGGUGUUGACACGCUAUUUGAUAUUAAAUACAACCCGGUAGAAACAUCUCUAUUAGCAGCUUGCUGUAGCGAUCGGGGAAUCAUAUUCUACGAUCAAAGAGAAAUUAAACCAUUGCGAAAGAUUGUCAUGACAUUAAGACCCAAUCAGCUAGCGUGGAACCCGAUGCAGGCAUAUUAUUUUACAGUUGCCAGCGAGGACUACAACUUGUACACAUUUGAUACCCGACGCUUGAAAAAUCCUCUAAAAAUACACAAUGGACAUGUUUCUGCUGUAACAUGCGUCGAUUAUGCACCCACAGGGCGUGAAUUUGUAUCUGGUAGCUAUGAUAAAACAAUUCGUCUUUUUGAUUCUCACAAGGCGAAUAGUCGAGACGUUUAUCAUACCAAACGGAUGCAGCACGUAACGUGUGUCGGCUGGUCCUUAGACAACAAAUACAUUUACUCUGGUUCGGACGAAAUGAAUGUGCGUUUAUGGAAAGCACGAGCUGCUGAGAAAUUGGGUGCACUGCAGCCUCGUGAAAAACAAGCGUUUAAAUAUAACGAAGCUCUCAAGGAAAAAUAUGCGGCCCAUCCACAGAUCCGUCGUAUCGCUCAGCAUAGGCAAGUUCCCAAAGUUGUUUACCAAGAACGUAAGAAACUGCAAAUGGCCAAGGAGAAAAUCAAACGGAAGGAGGAGAACGUACGAAAAAACACAAAGCCUGGCACCGUGCCGUAUGUUGCUGAGACUAAAAAGAAGGUGUUGCGCGAAGAACACUGAUUUUUUGUCAUUUUAUUUUAAAAACAUUUCCGUUGAUUUCUGUGUCAUUACAGUUACAGUUAUACAAAUAAAACUCAUUCGAAAUAAAUUUUGUAUUAUUAAAAAUUAAA